GCUUGAAAGGAGGGGUUAUUCCUUAUAUCUGUCAGUGCGACUGUCUUCCUACCGGUUCAUCCACGGUUAGACCCCUGCUUCAUCGUCUCUGUUGCUCACUCCGUUAAAUCAUGAAGAUCUGGACCUCGGAGCACAUAUUCAACCAUCCUUGGGAGAUGGUGACUAAAGCUGCUAUGCAGAAGUAUCCCAACCCCAUGAAUCCCAGUGUGGUUGGAGUGGACGUUCUGGACCGACAUGUCGACCAGCAGGGCCGCCUCCACAGUAUAAGGCUGCUCAGCACAGAGUGGGGUCUACCGUCCAUCGUGAAAGCUCUCAUCGGAAAUGUAAGAUCAUGCACCUACAUUCAGGAGAGCUCGAUUGUGGAUCCCAAGGAGAGAGCUUUAGAACUUCAGUCCUCGAAUAUCACCUUCACAAACUUGGUGUCUGUGGAUGAAAGAUUAACCUACAAACCACAUCCUGAAGAUUCAGAGAAGACAAUACUGACUCAAGAAGCUAUCAUCUCAGUGAAAGGCGUCAGUCUCAGCAGUUACCUGGAAGGCGUCAUGGCCAACACUAUUUCCACUAAUGCUGGAAAGGGUCGUGAAGCCAUGGAGUGGGUAAUCCGCCGGCUGAACACAGAAAUAGAGGAGCUGGCAGCCACAGCGCGAGUGACCAUGCGAACCCCAAUGGCUGCUGCAGCCGCAGACAAAUGAUGCCUACCUCAUUAGUUCAGAGACUGUACGUCAAGACUGCCAGCCUCACAUUAUGACGCUCAAGGGCUCUUCAGGUGCUCUGGGUUUUCUGUGUUGUUUAAGGGUACACCUGUAAACUUUACUGUCUGCAUUAGAUGUAUUUAAACCAGCAACCUGCAGCAUGAAGGGGUUCCGACGAGCGUUUCCAGGGCAGCGCUGCACUGACGUGGGCGUCGGCUUGAGGAGCGUGUGUCAUUCUCAGGGACAGGUUUAAACACCACUGACACUGGAGGCACUAGCUGAACCGGAAACUCAAGAAAAAGUGCCAAAACGGACAUUGCUUUUUGUACAGCUUCUCGCACGCUCACCUUGUGCAUGUGCAAGGUGUGCGCCUUGUGCAAAUGUGCUUUGAUAUUUUUUUGCAGUAGACCUCAGAAUGUCAUCAAGCUUCACGGUUUCAACUUUGCCCAGUGAUGAAUUGUAAACGAGACAUAUCAAAAUUCAGAGAAGACUGUAAGUGCUUAGAUUAAUCUGUGACGGUGGAACACUACGUGUGAGAGCGGCGCUGGCAUGAUAUCGAUGUGCGAAGGUUGGAGUAAAUGAGUGGGUCAAGGUUUGAUGGUAGGAAACCUCGAUACUUUCCUGUGGGACCGCAGCAAUACUGGGACUCUGUACUGGGCGACGUGUGCAGGCCUGAUUCUAAGCUUUAUUUAAUAACUUGUUUUGUUUUUAGUUUGUUUAAUGAAGGGAUCAAACUUGCCAUAUUUAUGUUUUUUGAGUUGUUGGGAAGACCUUUUCCAGCACAAUGUUUAGUGUAUUUAAUGUCCUUUUGUCGUAAAAUGAAUACACAACACUUUAUUUUAUAUAUUUUAAAACUCCUAUAGGAAUUAUUUAUUAAGGCUUUGGUUCUUAAGAGUUGUGGGAUUUUAGACUAUUAAAUUUCUUUGUUUAAAAACUG